AAGUUGGCUCCCAGUUCUGCGCCCUGGCUCAGCCUGGCGCGCAACUUGGGCGCGUGCAGGCAGCCAUGGAGAGAUCGACCAGAUCUUGGAAGGCCGCCGCGGUGUUCCUCGGCCUCGGCUUGGCCAUUUGGGGGCCCGCCUGGGUCAGCGGAGCUGUGCGCCAGGAACGCAGGCCGGAGCUCGUCGCCUGCCGCACGCAAGCUCGGCACGUCCAACUGCCGAAUGUGGCGAACAUCGAGGCUCGAAGGUCUUCAAAGGAGUGGAAGUUUGACGAGGAUGGGGGCAUGUAUGACAUUAUCAAGUACCCGCUGUUGACUGAGAAGGCGUGCCGCCUCCUGGAGAAGUACAACACUUACACCUUCCUGGUGGAUCGAAAGGCCAACAAGCCCCAGAUUCGCGCAGCCAUCGAGACCAUCUUCGGCGUGAAGGUGUUGAAGUGCAACACCCUCAUCCCCUCCUCCAGCUACACGAUUGCGUUUGGGCAGAAGAUCGGCAGAAAGUCGCUCUACAAGAAAGCCUACUUGCAGCUCCAGGAAGGGGACUCCAUCGACCUCUUCCCAGACGAUCCUGAAGCCAUGUGAGCAGUGUCACUGGUCCGUAAAGAUCCGCAAGCAUACAAAUUGCAACC